AUGAAAUAUGAACAGAAUACCAUCAGCCGUCUACAGGCUGAGGUAUCUCGAGUACAGAAGAAGACUUAUACAAAUUGGAUCAAUAUAUACCUUAGGCCACACAAUAUGGAGGUAACUGAUCUCUACAAAGAUCUAAGUGAUGGAAAGCGCCUGAUGCAACUGCUUGAGGUCAUAUCGAAUGCAAACCUCGGCAAACCUAACAAAGGCAUUCUACGAGUUCAAAAAAUAGAGAACGUUGGAAGGGCCCUUAACUUCAUCAAGUCGAAGGUAAACUCUCGUUAUAUUCAAAUAUUUAUUCAAAUUGUCAUCUACGUUCCUUUUGAAUCUCAGGUUCAUUUGGAAAAUAUUGGGGCAGAAGAUAUUGUUGACGGAAAUCCAACCUUGAUUCUUGGUCUUAUAUGGACGAUAAUCCUACGGUUCCAAAUAGAAGAAGUUAUACAAAAAAUUGAACCUCAACAAUUUGGACCACAAAGAUCAGCCAAAGAGGCACUGCUUCUCUGGUGUCAGAAUAAGACGAAGGAUUAUAAAAAUGUGGAUAUCAAGGACUUCUCGACUUCCUGGCGAGAUGGAAUGGCUUUUGGAGCUCUGAUCAACAAUCACGAGCCGGAAGCCCUCGAUAUGUCGCGGCUUCGACCCGAUAGACCCAUUGAAAAUCUCACAAUUGCAUUCAAAGUCGCCGAGGAAUGCUUCGAUGUUCCCCAGAUGCUUGAUCCUCAAGAUGUCAAUGUCCCGAAACCGGAUGAGAGAUCUAUCAUGACAUACGUCUCCUCGAUGUAUCAGAUGUUGAAUAAGCAUCGUAAUAAGAACAAGAACGCAAAUCGAGUGGGAAAGGUGAGAUUGUGCAGUAGAAGUUGGCUCUUUACCAACAUCUAUUAA